UUUUUUUUUUUCUUUAUUUCUGUAAUAGAAUGUCUUUUUUUAACAGUUUAUUUUCCAAAGUGAGUGAACUUUUUGACGGUGAUCUUGAAGAAGAAAAACGUGAAGAACAACUUAAUGCUGAAAAGCAUCGUUUUGAAUCUUUUGCUCCUGUACGUCACGGUGCUCAAGUUAAACAUUUUGUGGAUGGUCAGGAUUACUGCUGGGCUGUGUCUGAAGCUAUUGAACACGCGACGGAAGUCAUUUUCAUUGAAGAUUGGUGGUUGACACCUGAAUUGUAUAUGCGUCGUCCAUGUGCCAAAUACCCUGAAUACCGUUUAGAUGCAUUGUUGAAACGAAAAGCUGAACAAGGUGUGAAGAUUUAUAUUGUUGUGUACAAGGAAGUCAAAUUAGCUUUGACACUUGACAGUAAACAUACCAAGGAAACUCUUCAAUCAUUACAUGAAAACAUUAUUGUUCAACGUCAUCCCAAUCAUGAUGUUGGUGGUACUUUCUUCUGGUCUCAUCACGAAAAGUUUGUCGUUGUUGAUAAUAAGAUUGCCUUCCUGGGUGGUAUUGAUCUUUGUUUCGGUCGUUGGGAUACUCAUGCUCAUCGUUUGGCUGACUUUACUAAUGAAGACCCUCUUCUUGAAACAUAUCCUGGUCAAGAUUAUAGUGAUGCUCGUGUUCGUGAUUUCGAAGAAGUCAAGAACUGGGAUAUGCGUUUGAUUGACAAGACUGUGGUUCCAAGAAUGCCAUGGCACGAUAUGUCUCUUUGUAUGCUUGGUGGUCCUGUUUUGGAUGUGGCCCGUCAUUUCUGUGAAAGAUGGAAUUUUGUCAAGAAUGAAAAAGCCAAGAAUAUUGAAGCUAUUCCCUUUUUACAACCUCCUCUUGGUGGUUUUGCUGGAAACACUCAACGAUUCCAAUUACCUGAUGAAGAUCAUCCUGCUUGUCAACGUCGUCGUUAUCGUCAUGGUACUCGUGGUAUCACUGGUACUUGUCGUGCUCAAGUGGUUCGUAGUAGUGCCGAUUGGAGUAUGGGUAUCCAUAAUGAACACUCUAUUCAAAAUGCCUAUAUUGAAGCUAUCUUGGGUGCUGAACAUUUUAUUCAUAUUGAAAAUCAAUUCUUCAUCACUGCCACUUCAGAAGACAAGGAUUAUAUUCUCAAGAAUCAAAUUGGUGCUGCCAUUGUUAAGCGUAUUGUCCGUGCUCAUGAAGAACAAGAAAAAUUCAAGGUGUUUGUACUUAUGCCUUUGAUGCCUGCUUUCCCUGCUGAUCUUAGUACCAAGGAUGCCGCAACUGCUAGAUUGGUAAUGCACUAUCAAUAUAUUUCUAUCUGUCGUGGUGGCAAGAGUAUCCUUGAACAAUUAGAAGCUGCCGGUAUCAAUCCUCAUGAUUACAUUCGAUUCUACAGUUUACGUAGUCAUGAUCGUAUCAAACGUUCUACCGUGGAAGAAGUGCUUACCACUGUUGAAGGUUACUCUGCAUUGGACAAUGUAGAAGAUGAAGUUGAAUACGCCACUGUAGGUGAAUAUGGUGAUGAACAUCGUCAUGGCCAUCAUCGUCGUCGUCACCAUAAGAGUCGUGAACCCUGGGUCUCUCAUGACUUUGUCUCUGAAGAACUUUACAUUCAUGCCAAAUUGUUGAUUGCUGAUGAUCGUCUUGUUAUUAUGGGUUCCGCCAAUUUGAAUGAUCGAUCUCAAUGUGGUGAUCGUGAUUCCGAAAUUGCCUUGGUAGUGGAAGAUAAGGAUAUGGUUGCUUCUAAAGUGAAUGGACGUGAUUAUGAAGUUAGUCGAUUUGCUACCCAAUUGCGUCGCAAGUUGUGGAAAGAACAUCUUGGUUUAAUCCCUGAUCAACCUUCCGAUAAGGUGACAAAUGAUAUGUUGCCUCUUCCUGUACCUCAAAUCGAUACCCUUGAUUCCCGUGAAGAUCGAUUGGUUCGUGAUCCUUUGGAUGAAGAAACUUUAGAACUUUGGAAUUCGACUGCACGUCAAAACACUGAAGCUUUCCGUGAUGUCUUCCAUUGUGUACCCGAUGAUAAUGUUACGACUUGGGAAGAAUAUCAUGCCUUUUAUCCUGAUCCUGAAAAGAUUGAAAUUGGUCACGUACAUGAUCCUGAAAUGCCUGUGGAAUUGAUUGUGGAUACUUUGGAUAAAGUCCGUGGUCAUUUGGUUGAAUUCCCUCUCAAGUUCUUGGAAAAAGUUGAUCUUCAAGGUGAAUCCGUACCUUUCUUGAGUAAAGAUAUCAAUGAAUUAUAUACUUAGAUUUUAGUUAUAUCUUGUGUUUUAUCUUUCUCUCUCUCUCUUUUUUUUUUUGAUUUAUAUAUUUAUUUGACUUUUUUUUAUCUUUUGAAAUAAAAGAAAUCCAUUUUUUGAUGCUUUA